AGCAUUGCCAUGGAACAGAUGGGUGAGGAAAGUGCCAAGGCCCCAGCGGGCGGUGUCACCUUCCGAAGCGCGCGACGACUGAAGAAUGGGGGUGUCAUAUUCGAAAUGAACUCCAUUGAAGCUGCGACUUGGCUCCGUGAACCGGACGUCAUGCCCCGAUUCCUCUCCUUUUACGAUGGCGGGAACAGUGUUGCUAAAAGCAACAAGUAUCCGAUCAUCAUUGAAUUCGUCUCUACUGAUUUCGACCCCACUAGCGAGCACGAGGUACGAAAAAUUGAAACUGACGCCGCGCUUCCAACACACGCCAUUCAAGCCACGCGUUGGCUCAAGCCCAUCAACCGACGACGUCCCUUCCAAGCUGUCGCGCACUUAUUCAUGUCGUUUGGCUCUCCCGACGACGCCAACAUGGUCAUACGAGAUGGACUGAUCGUCGAAGGUAAACGGGUCUACGCCCGCAAAUUACUCCCUGAACCGAGGCGCUGCCUGCGAUGCCAUAUGAUAGGAUCGAACCACCUCGCAGCUGAAUGCCCGAACGAGCGAGACACUUGUGGAACAUGCGGUAAAGAGCACCGCACAGCCGACUGCAUGGUGCAAUCCCGUGAAGACCGGUUCUGCGUAAAUUGCGAGAUGGCGGGACAUGGUGCAUGGGACCGUGCGUGCCCCACCUUCCGAGCGAAGUAUGCCAACUUUGCUCGGAACCGACCGGAGGAUGAGUACCGCUAUUACCCUACCUCUGAUCCUCGCACCUGG